AUGUCGUCCACUGGGAUGUCGGCUCCUACACCAUGCAUGGUCCCAAGUGCCACAAUUGCUAGGAUAUUUCAUGAUGUAGCGUUUAAAAAGAAGGACACGAAAAUCACUGCGCCGGCAGUUUUACUUUCUGGCGAGUACAUAAGAUUGUUUGUUCAAGAGGCAGUUCUUCGAGCCAAUGAGCAGAGACUCGCUGAUCUGUCGUCAGGUCUGGCAAACGGCGAGGAGCCCAAAAAAGAUGAUUUGGGAGAUGAGGAGAAUGAUGAAGAAGAUUUUGAUUUCGAUGAAGAAGAGGAUGACCAUCGAGGACUGGGGGUUUCAACCCAAAUUGAAGUAGAUGUACCGCCCAUGGAUGUACUUGAGGCCCGCCAUUUGGCGGCUGUGAGUGGGCUUCUUCUCAUGGAUUUUUGA